AUGUUAUCGAUCUGGUGGAUCAUAGUGUGUCUCUUUGCGAUCUACAAAGCCCUCUUCUUUGUGCGCUUGUAUAUCCAAGCCCGUCGCACUAGAUUUCCCAUCGUCUUCGCCCUCGCACCGACCUCAAGCGCCCCCUGGUUGAUUCUCGCUCCAAUCCUGCGUCCAUAUCUGCAACCAGUUCUUCCAGGAUGGCUUUACGACCGUUGGGAUCUUGUGACACAUGGCUGGGAGUUCCGCAUGAAACGCGGCCCUUUUGACCGCUGGGGGAAUACCUUUGUCUUGCUCACCCUCGAUGAAUGCAUGGUCUGGACCGCAGAUGUCAAUCUCGGGAAUGUGAUCUUGCAACGCAGGAAUGACUUUGAACAAGCCCCUAUUGUCGGAAAGAUUCUGGGUUUCUUGGGGCCUAAUGUGUUUGCGGUACAUCAACCAAUGGCGACGAAUGGUACGCAGCCUUUACUGGAACGCUGGCUCUUUCUAAUCUCUCGCAGGAAACGUCACCGUCGCAUGUUUGCUGCCAGCCUAGACGAGCGCAUCAGCCGAAUCGCCUGGUCGGAAAGUCGUGAACAAGCCCAAUCGAUGUUGAAAUAUCUCUCUAACCACCCGGGAGGGGAUACACUUACCGGAUUGCGGAACCUGGCAAUCAAUGUCAUCGGCCAGGCUGGGUACACGAAAACCACCCCGUGGUCGCCGGGACCACUUCGAGACAGCGCCGACAAGGAAGAGCACGCUCGUACGGCCUACUUCAAAGCCCUUGCGCUGGCAACCGAUAUGUUCCUCGUGGCCGCCUUCAUCCCUCCCAAGCUCCUCAAGCUAUCCUUCGUGCCAGCCCAACUGCGUCUUCUGGGCCAACGUCUUGAGAAAGUCCCGCAGUACAUCGCUGAAAUUUCUGAAGAGGAGCGCCAGGCGGCGAGGGACGAUUCCGCCGGGGGCAGCAAUUUCCUCCGCUUCUUUUUGCAGAACUCGGACACAGACGCGACCGCCGGGUUUGCUUUCACGCCAGAGGAGCUCAGUGGCAACCUCUAUGUCUUCACCGUGGCGGGUUACGAGACGACUGCCAACACCAUGGGGUUCGCGGUGACGCUGUUGGCCGCGUACCCCGAAUGGCAGGCGUGGAUCCGCGACGAGCUGCGAGAGCUUCCUGUAGACUCGUCAGCCUGGUCCUACGACGAAGUAUUCCCCAAAUGCCAACGCACAUUGGCGCUCAUGUUCGAGAUCCUCCGCCUUUUCACCCCCGUCCUGCAUUCGACCCGCGCCGUGUCCGGACCUCAACAGCUCGUCAGCGGAAAAGGCACGCAUUUCCUCGCGCCCCCGAUGAACGUCAUGGUGUCUGCGGCGGCCAUUCAUCUUGACACGACAAAUUGGGGGGAGGAUGCCACAGAUUUCAGACCCUCGCGCUGGAUCGAUGACACCGGCAAGGUGAGGUCCCCACCGAAGGGGACGUUUCUCCCGUGGUCUGGCGGCCCCCGCGUCUGUCCGGGGAUGAAGAUGUCCCAGGUGGAGUUUGUCUCCACCAUGGCCACGCUGUUUCGGUCCGCGCGGUGCGAGCCGAUCCCCGUCGACGGGAUUACGCAGCCGGAAGAGCUGCGGCGGAGGUUGGUGUGGUUGACGGAUAAUGCGAUUACAAAGUCCACGAUGCAGGUGAAGGAUCACAAAGAUGUGCAGCUGCGGUGGGUGCGGGAUGUAUAA